AUGUCGUCGCGUGGUCGCGCGUGCGUCGUUGUUGACGCGACGUCUCGUCACUCUCUCGGCGCGCGGAUGACGCGCGCGAGGACCGCCCGCGCGGGCGCGUCCUCGCCGCCGUCGUCGCCGCUACCCCCGAUCGUCGGCUCCCCCGUCGAGUUCGUCCGCCGCGCGCCGGCGACGUCGCCGACGACGCCGCCGCGGAGGCGCGGCGCCCCGUCGUCGUAUCGAUUCUCCGAGGCCGCGGGCGGGAAAUCGACGACGACGCGCGACGACGACGACGACGACGCCGCGGCGGCGGAGGCGACGAAGCAGCGCGCGGCGCGAAUCGAGGGUAUACUCCGCGCGCGCCGCGAGGAGGCGGCGCGCGACGCGAAGGAGGACGCGGACGCGGCGACGGCGACGACGCCGCGGGACGACGACGACGAAGACGACGAAGACGCGGAUCUCGAUUCGCCGUCGUCGUCCUCCUCGGACGCGGACGCCGACGACGACGCCGCGGACGAGGACGCGGCGCGCGUGGAAGACGCGCGCGCGCCGCCGGAGGCAGAGGCGUCGUGCGAAGCUGCUUUCGAAGAAGACGUCGCGGAGGAUGAAGAAGAAGAGCUCGAGGAGGAGGAGGAGGAUGAAGAGGAGAGCGAGGAGGAGGUAGACGACGAGGAAGAGGAAGAGAAAGUCGACGCCGCGCCUCCAGACGAGGACGAGGAGGAGGAGGAGGAGGAGGAGGAGGCGAUGGAGGAGGAGGCGUCGAGAAACGUCGAGUCCGCGUCGGAGGCGGACGCGAGCGAGUCCGAGGAGAUGGAAGAAGAGGACAUCUUCGACAGCAGCGAAGCGCGGCGGUUGCUCCGGGAGUACGGACUCCACGACGACGACGACGACGACGACGACGACGACGACGACGACGACGACGAAGAGGAAGAGGAAAGGGAAGGGGAAGAGGAAGCGAACGGAGAAGAGAACGGAGAAGCGAACGAAGACGAGAACGAAGACGAAGAGGACGACGCGGGGCGUGCGCGGCGGUUCCACGACGACGCGCUCGAGGCUGCGUACGCGGACGCGCGCGCCGCCGCCGCCGACGCCGCCGACGCCGUCGACGUCCUCCGGGGCGCCUCGACGCGGAACGCCGACGCUGGGGGUGCCGACUCGCGUGCCGACGACGACGACGACGACGACGACGCGACGACGACGACGGACGGGAACGACGGGUUCAUCCAGCGGAGCUUGCGGCGGUUGCGCGCGCUCGGGUACGAGGUCCCGCGCGAACGCGAGCUGUCGAGUCUCGUCGAUGACGACGACGACGACGACGACGGCGCGAGGAGGCAACCGAGGCACGCGAUGUCACUGAACGACGGCGGAAGAAGACGCGCGCGCGGCGACCGCGACCGCGCCGCGGGGCAGUUCGACGUCCAGAGCGAGAUCGAGCGCCUCGCCGCGAGGAUGUUUUCGCGCGCGGGCGCCUUCUUCCGCAGCGGCGGCGACGGCGACGCGGGGCUCGACCUGAGCGCCAUACGCGCCGCGCGGUUCGGAGAGGACGGGAGCGACGGCGACGGGGAGGAGGGUGCCGAGGAGGGUGCCGAGGAGGGCGCCACGUCAGCGGCCACGUCAGCGGCGGAGCGCCUCCGCGCGCCGCCGUGGCCCGCCGCCGUCGCCGGGUGCGCGUUUUUCAUCCCUCGCGACGGCGGCGACGAAAGCGGCCGUGAGAGCGCGGAGCGCCGCGCGCUGCUUCGCGACAUGAAGUUCGUCGCGGGGGUGUUACGGGAGCUCCCGGGGGUGGACAUGGAGGACGUCGGGCUCGCGUGCGUGCUCGCCGCGGCGGAGGAGGAGGAGGAGGAGGAGGAGGAGGAGGACGACGACGACGAUGAGAACGAUCGACGCGACGCGUACGAGGCGCGCGAGGCGCGCGAGCUCGAGGAGGCGGUCGCGGAGGUGGAAGCGCUGGGGCGCUGCGGCGACGACGAUGACGGGGAGCUCGCGGAGUGGGACGCGCCGACGUCUCCCACGGUCGUCGCCUAG